AACAAAACCCUAAUUCGCAGCUCUUCGAAUUCUCCACAAUUCUCCGCCGCUAUAUACUCCGCCAUACUCAUUCUCUUCGCUCUCCGCUCAGAACCAGUGCUUCUCCGGCGACCUGUACGGCAGAAUCUGUUGAUAUCGGCAUUCGCCAUUAUCAUACCUCUGAUAUGGAGAUUUGCACAUCUCGAGCUCUCUCCAAUCUUCCUUGGCAUGGCCGGAUUUUCACUCCAUAUCACACACGCCUUCCAUGGAUUCAGAGGGCUUCGAAUUUAGGAUUCAAUCCAGGAGGCCUACAUUACACUAAUUCGUCUGUCAGAUUGUUUAAAUCAGAAGAAGCAUCUAGCUAUACCAGUCGAUAUGUGAAGGCUGAAUCUGAUGACUUUAUCACUACCGAAGAUUCUAAAUCUGUUGAUCAGAUAAAUUCCAUUGAAGCUGUGCAAAGUAGAUCAUCUGAACAGGACGAUGACUAUGACAGUACUGCCAAGAAUGAGGAUGCAGAAGUAAAUCCACUCUCAGAAAUUCGAGCACAAUUGUCCAAUCUUUUUGAAGAACUUGAUAUAGAGUUCGAUCCUGAAAAUCUUUCGUCACUGAUUGCACUCGGUGGAGGUGCUGCAGUUGCUCUUUGGUUGACCAGUGCUGUUGUUGGUGCUAUUGAUGCUAUUCCUUUGUUCCCCAAAUUGAUGGAAGUUGUUGGUCUUGGCUACACUCUUUGGUUCAGCACUCGCUAUCUACUUUUUAAGAGAAACCGGGAUGAAUUGGCAUUGAAAGUCGAAGAGCUGAAGAAAAACGUCUUGGGUUCUGAUAGGGAUUGAACUUGAUAUCUUUUAUUGUAAAAGGUUGUCCUCUGCGAAGAGAGAGCUUGAAGUGGAAAAUGGAUGUGUUGUACUACUAAUGCAUAGCCAUAUAAUGAAAUGAGUUUGUUUUCCUCUGUAAAUUUAAUGGUUUUCUCUUCCCAUCCUUUGUCAUCUUCAAGUUAUAUAUGGGUUCAAAUUUUGCCAAUUUAUAGAAAUGGACGGUUUAUUUGUGUGCUUUAUAAAUUAUACUCCUUUUGUCCUAUUUUAAAUUAUCUGUUUUCCUUUUUUUCUGUCCCAAAAUAAAUUGUCUGUUUUUUG